UGCUUCAGAGUUGUGUCAAAUCAAGUUGUUUUCCUCCAUCUUUCCUCUGCAGAUUACAGAGCUUCAGGACCGAAGAGUGAUCUGGCUGAAGAUGGCAGCGGCAAGUGUUGUCACACAUCCUGGCAAGAAUAGCCUGGAUUACUACAGGAAUGACAGCGUGGUGCUGUCCCUAUGUGAGAGCCCAGUGAACAGCACAGACAUCAUGUGUGACAAGAGGCAGGUCAGGCAGUUUGCUCAAGCCUUCCUGCCAGUGUUUUUCUGGCUCAUCUUUGCUGUGGGCACAGUGGGCAACACCUUGGUCGUGCUUGUCUAUUGCAAAUACCACUUCAGGAGGAGCAUGAUGGAUCUGUACCUGCUGCACCUGGCCAUCGCCGACCUCCUGCUCCUUUUCACCUUCCCCUUCUGGGCCAAGGCUGCUUCUGAUGGAUGGAUCUUUAAGGACUUCAUGUGCAAAGUUGUCAACAGCAUGUAUAAGAUCAACUUCUAUGGCUGCAGCUUGCUUCUAACCUGCAUCAGCUUUGACAGGUACAUCACUGUAGUCCAAGCGAUGAAAGCUAAAACUUGUAAGCGAAGGUGGCUCCUGCGCAGCAGGCUCAUGUGCCUGGCUGUCUGGCUGACAUCUGUGAGCCUGUGCAUCCCAGAACUCAUUUACAGCCAGAGCACACAGGUGGGUGAUGUAACAGUUUGCAAAAUUAUGUACCCACCAAAUGUCAGUGUGAUCUUUAGAGUUAUGGUCCUGGCCUUGAAAGUCAUCAUAGGAUUCUUCCUCCCGCUCAUUGUCAUGGUGAUUUGUUAUACCCUUAUCAUCAACACCCUCCUACAGGCCAAAAGAUUUCAAAAGCAGAAGUCGCUGAAGAUCAUUACCAUGAUCCUCACGGCUUUCCUCCUCUCUCAAUUCCCAUACAAUAUUGUUUUGCUGGUCAAAGCCAUCAACACCUACACUGGGGUGGAGCACAGUUGUCAGGCUGCCAACCAGCUGGACAUCGGGCUGCAGGUCACCCAGAUCAUCGCCUUCCUCCACAGCUGCCUCAACCCCUUCCUCUAUGUCUUUGCUGGCGAGCGGUUCAGGAUGGCGCUGGGCAGAAUGAUGCAAAGCUGUGGCUGCUGCUGGAGCAGGGGCCAGGAGCCCUCCUCUGCCUGUGACAGCCAGGAGCACAGCUCAAACUGGUCCUUUGCCAUGCUGGGGGGGCGGCGGGUCAGGAGCUCCCUGAUCCUCAACACUCACUGGACCUCCUCUGUUAUGUCCCCUCCUUGCAAAGUCAUCCUGUAAGUUAGUUCUCACCUUCUCCGCUCCAGAGAAGUGCCAAGCUCUUUGAAAACCAUCUGUAUACCCCACAGAUUAUCCCAGAGGGGCAGAAAGGGUUGGGUGCCUGCCCUUGACAUGUGGGACCCAACUGAGGGUUGCUGGCUGAGAGAACAGGAAACCUUAGGCAGAUGGGAAAAUGGAACAUUUGGAAUGGAACAAAAUGGAACCAUACUUGCUAUAAACAGAACUGAUAGAUGUCAAAAACUAUCUUUGUGACAGCUGACCCAUCUGCAGCUCAGACCACAACCUGAAAUAACAAGACUCACAGCAGGUGGUAAACCCAGCUAUGGCAGCAGCACAGGCAGAUGAAGCAUUCUGUCCAUAGGAAGCAGGAGGAGGGGGCUCAGCCUUCAUUUGCUGUCACACCAGGUUCCCCUAUGGAUGUGGCCUGACUUGGGAGCCCUGCCAGAUUCCUACACCAGAUCCUGUCCCAUGUGAAGGAGAAUGGCCUUUAGCUCUGACCCUGGUUUGUAGCAGUGAGCAAAUGCUGCUCUCUGUGCCUGGGCAAAUGCAACUCUGUUUGGCUGCAUAGGUGUUUUUUCUUGCAAAGAAAAGCCAGUUGUUCAUGUACAUAAAGUGGGCAUUGCAGAAUGUGGUCUUUCUCCUGUAUUUUAGCUGUGUGAUGUCAGGUAUGAUGGCUCCUGUUUUGAUACUGGGAACAAAUCACCCCUCAUAAUAAAAAAUUAAGGGCUUCGAAGACAUUGAGUUGUCUGUCCUGAGGAUACUUGCUGUAUGGUGCAAAGCUGUCAUAAACCAGAACACAGAAACCAAACUCAUGGUUCAGCUGACCACCAGUUAUGCACCAAUAUCUUUGGAAAAUAUAUUUAACCUAGGACCAGCAAGACAGGGAGUAAUUAGGUGUCAAACGUAACGAAAUUUGGAAUGAGACAAAUUGUGGAGGCUGCCAUUCCCAGAAGUGGUGUGCUGUACUGCAUCCCAAAACCUGAGCCCACAGGGCAUCAUUUAUCUGUUCCCUUUGGCUCAUCCCCUCACAGGGACAUGGCCUCUCCUGUCCUACCUGACCGCAGCCUGCACCUCCCACUCUUCAAUUGCAGGAUGUAGUGCUGAGGAGCUUUGUUUUAAAUGAUCUCAUGUAACCUGGUUUGCCUUCUGGUACUUAGCUCUUCCAGGGAAAAAGGGUUUUCAUGGUGCAUUUAUCAUUAAAGCAUGUUGGUAAACAAGAACUUUCUGCACAGUUUGGUGCUGCUUUUCUAGCUAGUAGGGUAUACCUAGGCAGAUGGGGCUCAAAUUUCAUAUACAUUUAUUAGAAAUUUUUUUAUUUUACCUUUUCCUUAGAAAGAAGAAUGGUCAAAGAUGUAUAUGAUUUUCACUGUAUUUAUAAGAAGAG